CAGAAAUUGUCAAUAUAUUUAAAAAUAUUGGUCUUGUAAUUAGAUAAUCCAAUUUAUUUAUUAACAUAUACACGAAACAACCAUUUAAUUUCCAUAGUACUUGGGUUGUUAAAAUUCAACAAUGACUUCUGAAAAUAUAUUUCUUUUCGUGCCAAACUUGAUCGGCUACGCUCGAGUUAUUUUAGCAAUUAUUUCUUUUUAUUUUAUGCCAACGAAUUAUAUAAUCGCUACUUGGUGUUAUGUGGUGAGUGCGUUAUUAGACGCAUUCGAUGGUCAUGCAGCAAGAUAUUAUAAUCAAAGUACCAAAUUUGGUGGUAUUUUAGAUCAGUUAACAGAUCGUUGUGGUACAAUGAUUUUGUGUGCAGUUUUGGGAUAUUUUUACCCAAAAUACAUGUUGUUGUUCCAUUUAUCUAUGUGUAUUGAUAUUGCGUGUCAUUGGAUUUAUCUCCAUACUUCAUUAUUACAAGGAAAGACAUCUCAUAAAUUUAUUGAUAUGUCGGAAAAUGCUAUAAUGAGCAUUUAUUAUACAUCAAGACCAGUAUUAUUUUUCAUGUGCGCAGGAAAUGAAGCUUUUUAUGCUGCUUUAUAUUUAAUUCAUUUUACAGAAGGACCUCUUAUUGCUGGAAUUGGAUUAUAUAAACUAAUAGCAUAUAUUUCAGCUCCUGUUGCUAUUGUGAAAUCAUUAAUUUCAUUGCUUCAUUUAUAUGUAGCAUGUAUGAAUCUUUCAAUUAUUGACGUAAACGAAAGAGCUGCAUUGCGUGGCAAACAAAAGUAAUAAUAAGAUCAUUAAAAAUAUGAUAAAAAAAUGCUAGUCAUUCCAAAGCAUCAUCAGUGUCUCCUAUUUUCCAAAAGUAGCUGUUUUGCAUAAGUUUUUACAUUCAAUGUUUUAUUUAGUUCGUUACUUUUAGUUUAAUUUUGGAAGAACAAAUUAAUUUUAUUGCAUUUAUAAAAGUUUGAAAAUUUUAAACACUUUUAAAAUAAUUCAAACUAUGUACCUACAGGCGAGUGAUCGAUUAAUUAAUAAUUAGACUCGUUUUGACGUUCGAUCAUCCGCCUGUUAUAUAAAAAUAAUGAGGCCAGUGUCACGAGUUAUUUUCAUGUAAUUCUUGAUCACAAAUUUGUAAUUUUGAAAUAUUAUUUUUAUAUAUUUGAGUACUAAUACGAAUUUUGCACUUAGCUUUUAAACAUGUUUUAGUUUUUAUUUUCAAAAUCUGUCCAUAAAUUAUUUCACGUUAAAUUUUGUUACUUAAUUCCAAUUACUCAGGAAUUAGUAAAAUAAGUUUGAUAGUUACUGUACAAAAAUUUUAAAUUGCUGUUUCUGUUUACUCGUUAGCAUAUGAGGACCUGAACAAAAUAUCUUUCUAUUAGCAGAGAAAUGAUGCUAAAAAUAGAAGACACGCAGGUCAAUUAGAUUUCAGAGACUUAAAAUUAUAAAAAAGCAGAAAUUAUCUUUGUACUGUCAGCAAAUCUAAUAUAGUAAAGGAAAGCAGUUCAAAUUCGAUUCAAAAGUAUGGGUGUCUGAAUAAAAAAACCUACAUUACUGCCUGAAAGGCAACCGCUAAAAUAUGUUUAUAUUUUAUCUUUUUCUUGGAUAUUAAAGCCAGAAAAUCUAAGCUGGCUAUUUUGCAAUCUGCAAUUGAAUUGUCAUUAAUAUACUGGCUGUGGCAAUCAGGUUACUGUUAAUUAGUUAUUUUUAAAGGACCAAAAGAUCGAUUUUGAAAAAUAUUGCUCUCUGACCUUUAGCGAUUUGUUUCGUGAAAAUAUUGAGUGGACAGUUUCUAGAAAAUUUAGUUUCGGAAUAAAACUCGAAAUAUUAUCUACGUUAUUUUAAAUUAAUUUUAUUUUUUUAUGAUUACGCUUAAUUGUUACCUUAAAUAAAUAUUUUAUUC